AUUGGAGUAGUAACCAUGGUUAGCGUGUUUCCCCCAAUCAAACCCCACCUUUUUUAUAUAACCUCAGCCAGAGGGAAGCCACAUAGAACAGAAAACAAACUGCUGGAAAGAAAGUGCAAGAAAGAGAGGGAAAAUUCGCCGGAAAAUUAAAAAAAUUUCCCCCAAAAAAAAAAUAGAGAGAGAAAAGAGAGCGAGAAUUUUUUACCCUUUUUGGUUUUUUUUUUUAACGAGAGCUAGAAAUUAUGCCGGAAAUGGCGCUCUACGUCGACGAAGAAGAGAUUUGGAAAUGUCCAAAACACCCCUCGAGGCGUCGGAGGUGCGGAAUCUGCCACGUAUGCCUCCGAGAGCGCCUAGCUACUCUCUGUCCCGAAUGCGCUAACGUGCGCCCCUGUGGCUGUUGCAGCACCGCGACAACGACGUCGUCAUCUUCCUCCUCUUCUUCCUCUUUCUCUUUGUUUUCUCGAUUCUCCUCCUCCUCCGCCGCCGGCGACGGUGCCGGCGUCGGAUCGGUCGGCCGCGUCUCCAAUCUCAUCGAGAGCGAGCCUUCGUUCCGCCGCUCGAGGUCGGUGGCGGCCAUUCCUUUUCUCAGGUCGAGGUCGAGGUUCGUCGGCGGCGACAGGGAUUCCGAACAAAGCGACGGUAGCGAACCACAUACUGCCGGUGGUGGUGGCCGUAGCAGAAGAACGAUGGCGUUUUGGUCGGUGUUUAAGUCUCAGAAGAGCAAGAGAGGUUCGCCUCCUCCAGAUGAGGAAGCCAAAAAGGUGGAAGUGAAAGACGACGAUAUCGACGACGACGUUUUGAUGAGGAAAACGAUGAUGAUGAGGUCGAGGUCGGUGGCCGUUCCGAUGUCGACGAGGGAGAACGGUGUGGGAGAUUCAAGACCGCCCGGGAAAGGUAGGAGUUGGUAUUUUCCGAGUCCGAUUAAGGUUUUCCGGCAAUCGAAAAUAUCAAAGCUUGUUCGUGUACGCUCACCUUUGUACAGAGGUUAAUCAUAAUUUUGUAGAUCAGAAAUAUAUAAUAUAAUAAUCUAAUAUAUUCACCAUAAAAAUAAAAAUAAAAAUCUAUCUAUAUAUAUAUAUCUAUAUAUAUAAAGCAAAAAAAAAAAAAAAAACUAUUGUUACUAUUAUUGUUUUUUUUUUUUUUUUUUUAAGAUAUUCAGAUUGAUAGAGAAACAAGUAAAAUCCAUGUUCAUUUCGAACGCCUCAGUUUGAUUCUUGUGGAAAUGUCUUAUAAUCGGGAAUACAACAGUGAAUUUAUUUUGUAAUAUCAUGAAUAGGGGAAAAAAAAAAAAAAAAAAGGGGUGAUUUGUGGUUUGUGGUUUGUAAAUUAUUCACCAACUUUAAUAAUUAAUUUUCCUCUUUUUUUUUUUUUCUUUUUUUUUUUUCAAUACCCAAAAUAACAAUGUAAUAAUUAUUCUUGGGUUUUUAUUCUUUUGGACAAUGUAAAAUUUAGGUGAUGAAGAAUCUAGGAUUUGAUUAUAGCGAAUAGACCCCAGGUGGGGACAAGGUUACUAAAAUUGUUGAGUAUUAAUAGAAAUUGGUUAGGAAUAUAGAUUUGGAAAUGGGAUUGGUUUGGGUAAAAAAGAAAGAAAAUUUGCUAAUGAAAAUGCAAAGGCAAAGGCAAAUAUCGUUAUCUAAAAAAUCUCAACGAGGUAAUGUCACUUUAGAAUUAAAUGGAAUGGGGUUUUCAAAUUGGAAAUUAAAGAGAUAGGUGGGGGUGGGCUGGUGGAAAUCAAGGUUGAGUUGGCAUUCAAAAUUUUCAAAAGGACGACUUUGGUAGCAGUGGUAUUUUUGGAUCUUCCAUGAUUGCUUCGUAAGCUAAUUUGAAAGUACAUCCAAGUUUGGGUGAUAGGUCAUUCACUUGCAAUCCCUCUUGCAUUGCCACCUCUCUAUGUAUUAUUAUUAUUGUUA